CACCUCCAACGGCCGCGUGGAGCUGGAAAGAGCGACGUCAUCGCUAAGAAAUCAUAGAAAUAAUACGCCAGCCGAGGUGCGUGUGCAACCGAGGGAGGCCAAAACAUGGUUAAUAAGAAGGGGACAAGUUUUGCUAUGAGAGCUGAUGGUGACUUCCGCUCUUGCAUCUUUGCAUCCAUUUUAUCUCUUGACAGUUUUAAGACAAAGGAUUUUGCAACCUCAAAAGUUCGUCCAACAACACCGACCCCUGUCAACAACUACAAGGCGCCGUCAACCGACCAUCAUGGACUCCAAGACAACCCAGCAACAAGGGGACGCCAACCAGCAGAAGGCCGAGAAUAACUCCCUUCAUAAGAAGGCGACCGACGGUAUCAAGAAGGCCUUCCAGGCACACUCUGCAAACCCCGGCCCGGCCAUCCCCAAGGAAUUUAACGUCCCAGAGGAGGGUACAAAAGAGGAGCGCCGAGCGAAGGCGAAGGAGAUGAACAAGUAAAGGUGUUGUCUACCUUAUGCACCUGCCUGACGUACAAUAGGUACGUACAGAGUACGGAGUAGAAAGGUCUCUCAGCCACCAAA